CGUCCUCGUCCCUCCCUCCCUCCCAUCACCCCGGUGUGUGCUGCUCCUGCUGCCUCCGCUCCGUGUCUCCUCCGUGCGGCGCAGCGCGGCCAUGGUGGACUCUCCCAGGGCGAUGAAGAAGACCUUCUCGGUGCCGGAGAUCAAACCGCUGGACCAAUACGACUUCAACCGGGCCAAGAUCUGCGCCAACGUCCGCUGGCUGCUCUCUAAAUCGUACGGCUCUGCAGAAAAUGUUCCUGUGGAGUUGCGAGAGCCAUUUUACAAAGACCAGUAUGAACAAGAACACCUCAAGCCAUCCGUCUCCAAGCUGCUUCUCUCCCCGGAGAUCUACUGCAGAGCCCAGGCCCUGCUGGCACAGGCGCAAGGGGUUUCUUUGCCAGCAGCGCAGGGGUCCCCGGCCAACAACUCUGCCCUGCUGCAGUUUCUCAUUAAGAAAGGUUACAGUCCAAAGGUCCAGGAUGCAGACAUCACCGAGGAGGACCUCAGCUUUGUCCCCAUCAAGACGAACGCCCACCUCGCCCUGAUCGACUCUCUGAUGACGCUGGUUGCUAAAGAGGCGGUGGGCAGGGUGAAGAUGGCGGUGGAGGCGGAGCAGAUGGGUGUCGGGGCUCCAUGGGAGAACGCUCUGCUCUUCUGGGUCAACAGGCUGAACCAGAAGUUGAGAGAAAUCACAGAAGAAGACGAGCCUACCAAGUCGCAGACAUGCACAGACCUGCAGACUGCUCAAGACUCGUGUCAAUCCAACCGUUGGUACUGGAAGCUAGUCCCCCAUGCUAUCGCUUUUUGUUUGAAGGAGUCGGGGAAUAAGCCGCCAGUGAUUCGCUAUAGGAAGGACAAAGUGCAGUCCAAGCUGACUCCUACUUUCCCUCUGGUCUCUGCGGUCAAAGAUCUGUCUAAUGGCUGCGCUAUAGCUGCUGUGUUGCACUACUACUGCUCCAACUUGCUUCCUCUAGAGGAUGUGUGUCUGAAGGACACCAUGUCAGUCACAGACAGUCUCUACAACCUGCAGCUGAUCAAAGAUUUUUGUGAAAGCAGUUUACAGAGUUGCUGUCCCCUCGCUGUGGAGGACCUGCUCUACGCGCCACCGGUCCUGCAUCUGAACAUCAUGAGCUUCAUAGCUGAGCUGCUGGAGUGGUUUGAGGUUAAGAAGCCUGAUUUUGUCCAGCCCAUACAACCCAUUGACCUCUCAGAUGUAUCAGGGUUGCUAGACUGUACAAGUCCUGUCAGCGGGAACAGCAACAGUGGUUCUCCAUCCUUCAUCUUCAAACAACCCUUUGUGCCCAUCUGCUCCCCAGUGUCACCUGAAAACAAAAGUUGGACAAAGAAACAAAUCAGUCGUCCUCUGUCAGCAGUGACUUUCAGCAUCCCAUUUGGGCUGGACAGUGAUGUUGACAUUGUCAUGGGAAACCCGAUAGAUUCUGUCUUUCGCUCUGUCAGCACUGACAGCCUCACCAACGGCCUCCCCGCAAUGACUUCAUCGGUGACAUCAGCAGGGAUGACUUGUGUCCCGUACAGCCCUCCGGAGGGACUCAGCCAUCUGGUCAGCGCUUCUGUUCCAUCGCAGCGCUCUUCCUGGGGCCCUUAUGCACACACAACUCCACUGGGAGAACUGCCGACCAUCGAGGAGGCGCUACAGGUGGUUCAUACUCCUGGCAGCAAAGAUCGGAGGAAGGAAAGGAUAUCAGAGAAAGGUGGAAGAGGAGUGUUGGGAGGAAGGCCAGAGCCAAGGGUACGUCCCGAAGGAGCCCCGGCUGGUUUCUUCCUACACUCCCCAGAGAAGGAUAAUUUGCAGCUCAGUAGCUCUGCUCCCUGUCGCUCUGGGGUCCUCCACCGGCCUGUCGGUGGAGAAGUGGGGGACACUGAAAGGCCAGGAACAGGACGCACCUCCAAGAUGUCACGUGAUGACGACUCCGUUCUACGAGAUGGCAGCGUUGACUCCUCUGAAUUAUCGGAUGAAACCCCUAGAAAGGCCCCUGGUAAUAUUCGACCCGCUAACAAUAGCACCAGAAACAGUCCACACAUGACAAGCUUUGCUGAGCGACGAGACAGCAGAAGAAGACAUCCCGCUGCUACCGGGGAGGAGUCAUCCUCUGCUCCGACUCCAACCACCCCAGGAACUCCACACACACCCUCCACCCCAGUAGGGGCACCGGGCCACCAGGAAAGCCCAGGUCCCAGAUGCCCUGAACCAGGCUCUGAGGCCUGGGAGUUGGGGGCUCGUCUGGAGGAAAAGCGCAAAAGUAUUGAAGCCCAAAAGAAACGCAUUGAGGCCAUCUUUACCAGGCACAGACAGAGGCUUGGAAAAACUGCUUUCCUUCAACUGAAAAGACAGCAAGGAGAGGGAGGAGGGGAGGGAGCAGAGGAGGAUAAUCUCAGCCUGGACGAGCGUCUUACUUGCAUGGAGGAGCAACUAAAACAGGAGGAGGAGAGGGAAGAGAAGGAAAAGAAAGAGAAAGCAAAUGAUGGAGCGAAGGAGAAAGAGAAGCCAUCUGUUUCCAAUCCUCCUCGUUUAGAGAAGCAGGUCACAUUCUCUAUUGAAAGUAAAAAAGGAGCAGAGAAAGGAGGUGAAGCUGUCCUACUGGAGUGCAAUGAAGUGGUGAAGAAACUUAGUGAAGCUCUGCAGUCAUUACAAAAGGACAUGCAGAAACUUACAGAACAGCAACAGCAGCUCAUGAGCAACCAAAGACCUAAAAGUACACCCCAAAAGAAAUCAACACCUAGAAGUACCAUCAAAACGCCUCCUCACACCCCAACAAAAACACCACCAAGAACUCCGACAAAUACUUCUACAAGGAGUACCAGUAAAGCUUGGGUGAUUCCAGGUCCCAGUACUACCUCCUCUCCAUCAAGGCGUUCUCACCUUCCUUCCUCUUCCACCUCUCCAAAGACUAUUGUCUCCUCCUCCUGCCCAGCUCCUCGCACUAAGAUCCACUCCUCCACUCCCCGCAGCCCCAAGCACCACCCACGUGCCCAACAUCAGCCUCACCCACGGCCUUCCGAACUCAAGUUUCCCCAGUUGAACCGUGCCUUGGCACCAACCCAUAACGUAGACACCCUCCCCCACUUGCGACGUGUGUCCCCUAGCAAGUGUCAGGUUCAGACCUCCUCUUCCUUCCGCAUUGGUGGGCAGCGAACUCCUCCACAGUCUCUUCAGCCUACCCAGCAGCCACAGCCUGACGAGAACACCUCAGACACAGCCUCUAGCGAGACGCCAACUCAAUUCAACCUGGAGCUGGAGCAGGAGGACAUGGAGGCUGUAGGAGGGCUGCCGGUCUUAACGCAGCCCAGACACGAUCGUCCAAGGGCUGCUGGUGGAAGCAGCUCUGGCGCUCCUUCAGAGUGUUCAUUUGAGAGCGAGACUUUGUCCCUUUCUGCUGCGUUCAGUGCAAUAGGUGAAGGCAGAAGAGAUGGAGGUGCAGACAAGCACUGUAGCAUGAUUGAGGUCUCACUGUCAUCACUCGGAGGGCCAGAGGGGGGCAGUGAUGAACCAUCUGACGAAGGGCAGGACUUUUCCUCUGAUUCCAUGAGCGACCAUGCAGAAUCUGCAGUGGAACAUGAUAGAGUUAUUGCUGCACAAACUCUAGAACCCAUAGAACAGCUAGGUCUGGCCAUGGCAGCCAGCAAUUUGCCAGAACAACAAACUGAAUCUGAACGAGAACAGACAAAAGAGACUGAAACUUUGGAUCCAAGUGGACAACAGAAGGAGUCCGAGGCAAGAGGAGGAAUUGGAUUAUUCUUUCAGGGGAACGCACAUAGUGAGGAGGAGAUGGCCCAGCGUCGAGCUUUGCUGUUUGAAAAACAGCAGAAGAGAACUGAGGAGCUGAAGAAGAGGAAACAGUGGAAUGUGCAAGAAAGGGAAAACAGACCAGACAAAAGGGUGGCAUCUCCCUCCAAUACACCUCCUGCAGGCACAACCUCACCUUCCCCCACACCUCCUGCUACACCAGGCAGGCGGGGAAAUUUUACGCAAGAGGAGUACGCACGGCGGAAUCAACUCAGGAUAAUGGAGGACUUGGGCAAAGUGCUUCAGCAGAAAUCAACCAAUCAAGGGCGAUCUUCCGCUAAGAAAACCCGCUCCCGUCCUCGCAGCAUGACCAGGGAGGAAACAAAGCUGUCUCUGAGCCCAGCAAAGGGAACAAAUGGCUCUAGGUUGACCAAGGUCUACUCUAACUCCUCCCUCAACCUGGCAGUCACAGACGAGCCAGGAAACAGAUGUGAUAACCCCACUAAGAAACCCCACAGCCGCCCUGACUCACCUUCAGGAUGUGUGACACCAAGUAAACUGGCAAAUCAGAACGGAGAGAAAGACUUGGAGACUGGUUCCAAUGGGACCUCGCCUGCCCCUGAAUACACAGGUCCAAAGCUCUUCAAAGAACCAAGCUUCAAGUCCAACAAGUUCAUCAUCCACAACGCUCUCUCUCGCUGCUGCCUCGCUGGAAAGGUCAACGAGAGCCAAAAAAGCAAGAUAGUUGAGGAGAUGGAGAAGAGUCCUGCCAACCACUUCCUCAUCCUCUUCCGCGAUUCCAACUGCCAGUUCAGGGGCGUUUACACCAUGAACACCGACUCCCAGGAGCUUGUACGACUGGCUGGUGUGGGCCCGCGUACAAUUGGUUCCACCCAGGUGGAGUCCAUCUACAAAUACAGUUCAGAUAGGAAGCAGUUUAAUGCCAUCCCCUCUAAAACUAUGGGCAUGACUGUGGACGCCUUCACCAUCCCCAGCCAUCUCUGGCACGGAGGAGGUGCAGCAGCAGGAGGAGGAGGAGGAAGCAGGAGAGCAAGCGUUACUAAGAAGGCGGCCCUUCCUAAGUGAGCAACAUAAUACAUCACGGUGACAGAUCAUUAAAGAAAACACUAAUUAUUGUGAAAACUGUAGUCAAAUAUGAAAAACUGUUAUUUUUUUGCACACAGAUUAGCCUUUGUCCAUGUGUGUGCAUACAUACAGGUUACCUCUCUUGCCCUUGAAUUUACUAAAAACACAAAAAGUUAAAAAAGAAAAAAACAAAAGUUGCACUCCCCCUAAUGUGCAUGAAAAUGUUAACAGCACAAUUUUCUUUUCCUAAACACUAAAUGGAGAUACUCAUUUCCAGAGUUUAAAGAGGAAUGUUUUGUAAAAUGUUAAACUGCCAAAGGAAGAGGUACUUUUAAAAAGUCUCAUUACUUAGACUUUCAAAGUAUAAACUAAAAAAUUACUUUUUAUUCUUUCGGAAGAAUAAUGAAGUGGUUUAAUUGAAAAACACUGACCUUAAUAAGAUACACGAUAACUGUCUGUUCCCUCUCUGGUUUCUUUGGAUUGAAGUCCUCCAGCCGAUCACCAGUUUUAUACAUUGAGCCAAACCACUGAGAAAAUGCCUUCUUGUGUUAGAGUGACUGGCAGGACUUUUAUUGUGUACAACUUUUAUGUCCAGCAAUUGCCAAAAGGUGGCUCAAAGCACAUUUGUUUUGCAAAACUAAAGACAGCCAUAACUGUAUUAUGCAUAAAGCAGAAGUCAACUGACAGAACGAUGUGUAAAUGUGACCGUGGUUUUCCGAGAUGAUUACCACAGCAUAAAUGGUUCAUUUCUGUAUGGGGUAUAAACUUGUUUCAAAAUAAUAUCACAUUGAAAAUGUGUGGUUAAAUGAAAAUAUGUAGAUAAUGGGUAAAUGUAUGGGCGUCAGAUGCCAAUUAAACAAUACAUUAGCAUAUUGAGGAUGAUGUGUCUGCUAAGCUUACAUUUAGAAGUACCGGUUAGGGAUGGGUGCUGAUAGCCGGUACUAUUUUUUUAUCCAGUUCCAAGUUAGAGAAAUACCUAUAUUUACAAAUCUUGGCAACCAACAAAUCUAUUGUUGAAUCUUUCAUCCACAAUCUCUCUUAGAUCACCCUUUUUUACUUCUUUCUGACACCACAGCCAUCUGCGAAUCUCUGUGGUUUAGGUAUGAUACUGUACAUAUGUAUUUUUUAACUAAGAGACAUCAUCAUUUCCCACCAAACCAAACUAUGUAUCAAGAUUCAAUAAUUGUGUUCGGGGCUGGAUUCAGAUUCACUAAAAUGCUAUUGAAACCCAUCCCUACACUGGGUAGAGUAAAAGGUUAAAUUGGUGUAACUCAGACCAGCAUUCAUGUAUGAAAUAACAAACUGGAAUAAACUCCACUGAACAAGC